AUGGAGAGAGAGGUCAUUGCUGCAUUAGGCAAAGGUGAGCCUGAUGAGGUCAUGAGCAGUGCCUUCAAACUAAGGGUGACUCGCAAGGACAUCCGCACCCUAAGGAACCUUUGCUGGCUAAACGAUGAGGUCAUAAAUUUCUACAUGGGUCUUGUCAUGGAAAGAAGCAAGCAGGAAGCACAUCCAUCAGUCUAUGCUUUUAGUUCUUUCUUUUACGGAAAACUAACUUCUGGAGGCUACAAAGCAGUAGGAAAAUGGACCAGGGGCGUGGAUCUCUUCCAGAAGGACAUCAUCUUAGUGCCCAUUAACUUGCACUUGCACUGGACACUAGCGGUCAUAGACACCAGAAAGAAGACGGUCAAAUACUUUGACUCGCUGGGACAAGAAGGGGACCAGAUUUGUGAGACUCUGCUCAAAUACCUGCAAGAAGAAAGCCGCGAAAAAAGAAAUGUGAAGCUGAAUGUUUCAGAGUGGACUAUUCACAGUAUGGAGCCACAUGAAAUCCCUCAGCAAUCGAACGGAAGCGACUGUGGUGUUUUCAUCUGCAAAUACGCAGACUACAUCUCGAGAGACAAACCGAUGACCUUUACACAGACCCACAUGCCUUACUUCCGCAAGAAGAUGGUGUGGGAAAUACUCCAUCAAGAGCUACUGUGA